AUGACACGUGCGAAUGGAAGAUUUGAAGCAGAUGCAGCGACAGCGAACUCGAACAUCGAAUCGGAAGAUGAGUCAGAGAGUGACUUUAUCAUCGACUUUGAUUUGAAUGAUGUGAAAGAGGAAGUGAAGUGUGAAGAAGAGAAGCCAGAAAAAGGAAAAGAAAAUGCUUCUUCAAUGGGCUGGAGCUCAGAUGCAGACGAACCGAAUUCUCUUGACGGUCAAGACAAUGAACAAAGGGAUGGAUCAAAGGCCAUUUGCAAGAGACUGAAUGCGAAUGGCAAAGGAAAGAAGCGCGAUGGUUCGAGAAAGCAGAACAGACGAAAGAUUCCGAGGAAUAAGGCGGCGAAGAAACGAAAGGAGCACAAGUGUCAUGUGUGUGGUUAUGUUACAACAAAAAAAUGUAAUCUCAAUGCACAUAUUCGUAUUCACACAGGUGAAAGGCCAUACAAAUGUGAUCAAUGUUCGGAAAGCUUCACACUCAAACGUAAUUUAAAUCGGCACAAGCGAAUCCACAGCGGAAGCAAACCAUUUAAAUGUUCCGUUUGUUUCAAAACAUUUUUGCAAAAAAUUACUUUGAAUCGACACAUGCGUACUCACGCCGAUGAGCUUCCACGUAAUCUUAAUCGACAUUUGGCACAGCAUUGCGAGCAGUUUCCCUUUGGAUGCAUCAAGUGUGGUCGAGGAUUUUCAACAGAAGGCGAUAAAACAGCACAUGAGAAGAUCUGCGGUCGACGUCAACAUCAGUGUUACGUGUGCAAGGUGUUCAAGCUGCAAAAUCCCAAUUUACGCCAUCAUAUGCAAGUCCAUCAUUCAGGUGAAAAGCCAUUCAGCUGCAAAUGGUGUGACAAACGUUUUACACAAAAAUAUUUCGCCAAGUAG